UACAUACGUCUCUAGUGUUUUCUACAUACAGUGCAAAAGCAGCGCGAGAGCUGUGUAGACGCGUGACAUGUGCAUAGUGUGGAAAAUAGUAUAUGAUUAAAUGUAAAAUAAGUGAUUUCAUUUAAACGUAUUCAAAUGAGAACGAAAACGCGUGCAGUAUUUCAUUCGAUAAAUUUUACCGGUACCAUAAAUCUGAAUAAAAUUAUUUUAGCCACCUGACGCUACAGUUUUGAUAAGUAAAAUCUCUAAAAAAUGGUGGUUCCCUUAACUUUAAAUUUUCUAAAAUCUCAAUGGCGCCUUUUCGCAAAUGCUCACCCAUUGGCUAGAGGUUGCAUUUCAUAUGCUGUAAUAUGGCCAACAAGUAGUUUGAUACAACAAACGAUUGAGGGUAGAAAUUUGAAAACCUAUGACUGGAUACGUUGCUUACGAUAUAGCCUUUUCGGUGCGCUAUACGUGGCACCAACUUUAUAUGGAUGGGUGCGACUCAGUUCUGUUAUGUGGCCACAAAUGAAUCUGAGAGUAGGAAUUGUCAAGGCGGCAGUUGAGCAAAUCUCCUAUGGACCAUUCGCCGGUACCAGUUUCUUUUUCAUUAUGAGUUUGCUAGAAGGUCGUACCCCCAAAGAGGCUGUGCAGGAGGUCAAAGACAAAUUUCCAAAAGCAUUUGAGACGGGAAUUUGCGUUUGGCCAAUAGUGCAGACAAUAAAUUUUUCAAUGGUUCCUGAACAUCAUCGUGUGGUUUUUGUUAGUAUUUGCAGCUUAGCUUGGACCACAUUUUUAGCGUAUAUACAAGAAAAGGAUAUGCAUGAAGAAGAAAGAAUUGAUUGGAAGCCAAUAGAUCCUCAAAAAAGCGAUGAAAGUUUAGUUUUAAGAGUAAAACGUGCUUUGGCGCUGUGAAUAUUUUUAAAAAGGGGGAGACAAAAAACUAAUGUGAUUCAUAGUUCAAUACUUAAUAUGUAUAUAUAAUACGAUACGAUGCAGUGCAUAGUUGAUUAUUGUUGUUAAUUAAUUUUAUUUGUAUGCUUAGUACAUUUACAUAGAAAUAGUGUGACAAUACCCAUUUAGACGAAUUUGAAAUGCAUUGUGCAACAAUUGAAGCGUGCAUUUAUUGUAAAUAAAAAGUAAUUGUUGUUAAAAUGC